AUGAAACCCCUCAAACCAACACCACUAGUUGCAACAACACCCCUCCACCUCGUCAUCCUCCUCCUCACCCUCCAUGCCCCCACCGCCUCAGCACAAUCACAAUGUUUCUACCCCGACGGCAGCGCCAGCAGUGACGUGCCCUGUGACCCGGAUGCCGCCGUGAGCAUGUGCUGCGGCAGCGCCGAGCUGUGUCUCUCGUCGGGGCUCUGCCGCGACGCUGGGACGGGUCCGGAUGAGGGCAUCAGCUACGCGCGUGGGACGUGUACCGACCGGGAGUGGGAGAGUGAGGUGUGUCCGCAGAGGUGUCGGAUUAAUCCGGACGAGGCGACGGACAUAUCGGCGUACGACUUCGGGACGGGUGGCGUGCAGGUGUGGGGGUGCUCGGGUGAGGGGUAUGCCGAGCCCGCGGCGUAUUGUUGUGAGUCGCGCCGCGAGCAGACGGGGUGCUGCCAGACGCAGGGUGCCGUGUUCUCGCUGCCAGGCGCGAGUAUUGGGAAUGCUCUGGCGGUGCAGACCUUUCCGCUGCCGGAUUCCGAGACGAAUGCGGCGGAUUUAAAGGCCACCUUGGGAGCGAGGAGUGCGACUAAACCAGGGGAGAUUACCGCAACCUCGAUAUCAGAAACAGGUAGGCCGGGAACAGACACCUCCACGCCAACGGCAUCGGCAGAGGAAACCGCGGGCGGGCUGAGCGAAGGGGCGAAAAUGGGCUUGGGCAUCGGCAUCGGGAUAGGUGUAGCAGCCCUAAUCUCAGCGGGCAUCCUGAUAUGGUACUGGAUGAGGAAUCGAACAGCACCUGCGGCGGUGGAGAUAGCAGCACCCCCCCGGAAUCGGGUUCCUCGUGUUCCUCACGCGCGUCGCAAUAAGCCGUGGGAGGCAGAGAGAGAUGCGCUGAUGAAGGGAUCGCCGAAGGAGCUGGAUAAUGAUCAGGGAGUCUUCGAGAUGCAUACGGCGGAGAACCGACCUGCCGAGAUGUAUGCUGUUGGGGGCAUGUGGAGGGCUCACGAUGGGCCAGAGCUCCAUGCCAGUGGUGAGAAUGCGCCAGCCGAGAUGUACUUGUCCACAACAACACCGUGCCAAUACAAUAAGACGAGGCGAGCUAGAACGAGAUCAAGACACGAUCUGGGAAUGGACAAACCAUCUGGUUCCUUCUUGUUCUCCACAGGGCUCUUCUCCGACGUUACAGUCAAGUGUGCCGACUGGACCUGGGACCUCCACAAAAACAUCCUCUGCUCACGCAGCGAGUGGUUCGACAAGGCGCUCACUGGUGGGUUUGAAGAGGCGAAGACGGGUGUGGUUGAGAUCCAAGACUUCAACCCAGAGGUCAUUGACUGCCUGCUGGCCUACAUCUACACAGGAGUUUGCGACAUCCCCUCCUUACAGGCAAGGCUCUCACACACCAACGGGCACAAAACGCCCUUCGUGGCCUGCUACGAGAUCUAUACCGUAGCCGACUACUUCAUCGUCUCCCCGCUCGUCACCAUCGCGCUCAACACCCUCGACGGGGAGUUCGACGGGAAGCUUAGCCCCAUUCAGAUCCACUACAAGCCCGCCGACGAGUGGCUCGGCGAGCUCUUCGAUGCCCUCCGUCUCUUGUACACUCACGACCCCGUAGUGGUUGACAAGGCGACCGAGAUGAGCCCCAUCCGCGCCGCCUUCGUUGCUUUCGUCUACACGGCCCGCUUCUUCUUUCUCGAGAAUGAUGCAUUCAACCGGUUCCUGGACGAGGAAGCCCCCGCCUUCGCGCUCGACCUUUUCUGUGCCAUGCGGAAUAGCCUCGACUUCUGUGCUUGGGCUCCGGAGAGAUGUUCGUACUGCAAGGUAGCACCCAAGUACGGCAAGAAGAACUAUUUCACGCAUCUCACGACCAAGAUCCACCAUCUGACGGCCUGCUGCUCGACCUGCGCGCGAGUGGCCAACUUUGGCCCCCCCGAGAGCGAUUGGUCGGACAAGAUUGUGAGUGCUACCGAGGAUCGGGAGAAGAAGGCCGGAGUUGGCCCGAGUCCGCUGGUGACGUGCGUGAACGGUCUGAUGACCGUUCGCCUCCCUUUCCCGCCCGGGUCACGGUGA